AUGUCCGUAAAUUAUGCUGCGAAUCUUUCCCCUUAUGACAACAAAGGAAAAUGCGGUGCUCCCGAGACACUUUCCACUGCUUUCAGGGGUCCAAACGGCGUGUGGACACUUGAGAAGAAAGGUCAAAACCCUAACGUUAACGUGCGAUUUGAAGACGCUAUCCCUACUUUCACCCAUUUAGCACUGGUCGCCUUGGAGAAAGCUGGCUAUGUCAAGUUCCUUGUGACGCAGAACGUCGAUGGCCUUCACCUUCGCAGCGGCUACCCUCGCGAUCGUAUGUCGGAGCUUCACGGAAAUGUAUUUGUCGAACACUGUCCUGUCUGUAAAGUGAACCAUAUUCGGCUGAAAACGGUUCCCACCAUCGGUCGGAAAUUUACUGGAAAUAUAUGUGAAUGGAAGAAACGUUCAGGUCACAUAUGCCGCGGAAAGUUGCGUGAUACCGUGCUAGACUGGGAAGAUUCUUUGCCAACAUUUGACCUCACGCUGGCAGAAUACCAUUCCAAAUUAGCUGAUCUUAGUGUCUGUCUUGGUUCUACGUUGCAGAUCGUACCGGCUGGCAAUCUUCCAACGUUGGCUGGCAAGACCGGAGGAAAGUUGGCUAUUGUUAAUCUUCAAGCUACAAAGCAGGACAACAAAGCGGAUCUGAUCAUCCACGCCAGGGUGGACGCCGUUAUGCAGGUGAUUAUGAAAAGUUUUGGUAUCGAAGUAGCCGACGGGAAGACCGCCGAUAUGGUGUUGAGGUCAUCGAACGGGUCACCUGAAAUGCCACCUGGUUUGAUGCCCGCUGUUUACAGUUCUUUCACUAGCAGAGGAACUGAUAGACAGAUGCCAUGGAAGAGGGCGGACAACGUUACGCGCCAUGAAUUGCUUGUGAUUCAAGACGAGCCAUUGCCCAAGCUACUUAAAACCGAUUAA